AUUGGCCACACUGCCAAUAAGCUGCAAAAUAUUCUUAUUAUUAAUUUAAAAUUACAAAGUAAUAAGCUAAAUUCUUAGUGAAAUUGCACAUUGACAAGCUGCACAAGCCUGGACCCAACAUAGUUGAGGCACACACUUCAAGCAAUUCUACAGAUUUUGUUUGCAAAAAAACAGGCGGCGAAAACAACAACAACAACAAUACAACACGCGACUUGCAAGGAGCACAAUUUGACAAAAAAAAAUUGUCCGUGCGCUUGUAUGUAUGUAUUAUCUUCACAUCGGGAACAAAAUUGAGAUACAAUAAAUAGCGGCAAUGGAUGUUUACGAUGUGAGUGACGAUUUAGUUAAAAAACUAAACGAUUGGAAGCUUAUUGGUAUCAUAAGCGGCAAAUUCAACGAGCUAAAAGAGAAUUACUCAAAGGUUAAUUUUGUGGAGCAUGCAUUGAAGGACUUUAAAUAUAUGGAAAAGAUAUUUCUAAAUGUGACGUUGCGUGAAAACAAAUGCAACAAGCGCAGCAUUGAAUUUCGCAUGCUGGGCAACGAGCAAUUCUCAUUAAAGAAUCGCAAAUACUUUCAGGCACUGGAAUUGUACAACAAGAGCAUUUGCUUUGCGGAGCUCAAUUCGGAGCACUUGUCCAUAGGCUAUGCCAAUCGUUCUGCUGUGCUGUUCGAAUGGAAGCGUUAUCGCGAAUGCCUGGCCAACAUUGAGCUGGCGCGAAAGGCCAACUAUCCAGAGCGACUGCGACAUAAGCUGGACAAGCGCGAACGCGACUGCCAGCAGCUGGUGCAGCAACAGGCGCCGGACAUAGUGCCCUAUGACUUUAAAAUGAGCUUCGAGCCGCACGCCCAGGUGCCGUACAUAGCCAACUGCCUGGAGUUGCGCGAGACUCCCGAGGAAGGGCGUUUCAUAGUGACGACGCGUGAUCUAGUUGUUGGCGAUGUGGUUGCCCAGGAGCAGCCGUUCUGCUCAACGCUACUGACACCAAUGCGGUAUAUACGCUGCGCAACUUGCAAAGAGGAGCGCUAUUUGACACUCAUACCCUGCGACAAUUGCUGUUCGGUUAUGUUCUGCUCGGAGCAGUGCAAGCAGCGCGCGAAUAGCACUUUCCACAAGUAUGAGUGUCCUGUUAUUGACUUCUUGCAUCGCAUGUUUAACAAAAUCCAUGGCAUUGCAUUGCGCACCACGCUGAGUGCUCUCGAUCUGUUUGACAGCAUCGAACAAUUGAUGGCGUAUUGCGAGCAGCCGCACAAUCAGCACAAGUGCGUUUUUGAUCUUGACUUUGGGCAGCUGACCUCGCAGGAGCAUUAUCGCGCCAUUCAUGGCAUGGUGACGAAUCAACAGUUGCGCUCCGUUUCGGAUCUGUUUCAGCGUUCGGUGGUCUGUGCUGUUCUCAAGCACUUUAUUAUUGAGUAUACGCCGCUUAAGGAGUUUCUGGGCGGCGAAGAUGGGCGCAACUUUUUUACGGAUCUGCUGUUUAGACAUCUGCAAACAUCGCCCUCCAAUAUGCAUGGCAUUGAUCUGGUCGAGCAGGUGAACGAGACCAAGGAUGAUCAAUCGCACUCAUCGGGCGCCUAUCCGUUUCUCUCGCUGCUGAAUCACUCGUGUGCGCCCAACACGCUGCGCAUCUACGAAGGCACCAAGGCGCAUCUGUUUGUGCUGCGGCCCAUUAAGGCGGGCGAGGUGCUCUACGAUAACUACGGGUCACACUUUGCCAUCUUUAGCCGUAAGCAACGCCAAGAUACUUUGUCCAUGCAGUACCGCUUCAACUGCAAGUGCGAGGCCUGCGAAUUGGACUAUCCACAGUUUAGACAAAUGCCACACAAGUCAACGGUGCCGUCGGUGAACGAUGAAACGGACAUGAAGUCGCUUGGUGCCUACAACUAUGAGUUUGCUCUUGAUAAUUAUAACAAAUAUUGCGAUUUUCUCACGCAAUUCGCUGCCGCUUAUCCUUGCGAGCAAAUCAGCUCGGCUGAGGAGUGUCUCAAGAUGGCGUUGCAUAUCAUGGUGGAUGCCGUGCCGCUCAAGGCCAAAAUGUAAGCGCGCGCACUGACAGCCUCGCCUCGCCACACGCACCCGCCAACCCACCAACACACACACACACACACACACACACUGAGACACACACACACACAUAUACACCGCUUGCAGUAGAGACCACCAGCAAACAAAACAAACACUACUCGAUCCUUUUGCGCACAACAGACAACAACAACAGUGACGACGUUUCAAGUUGAAAGCAGUUAUUUCAUUCAACUUCAAUUUUUUGCCAUAAGUUUAAAGAUUAUUUUCUUAUGUAUUUCUAUAGACUUUGUUGAAGAGAGACAACCGCGAUUAAUUGUAUAAUAUUUAA